GUGGUGGAGUGUAAAAUGCUGUAAUGGGAGGAAACCGAGCCGAGUCUGAGUGCCCCGGACUGCAGCGGCCGUUCUGAUCGCGGUGGCACCUGAGCACACACUUCCCCGAGCAAGUGCGACCUGUACCUGCAGGCUCCAACCAGGAAUGGAGACACCAUUGGAUGUCUUAUCAAGGGCAGCAUCUCUGGUGCAUGCUGAUGAUGAAAAACGUGAAGCUGCUCUCAGGGGAGAACCCAGGAUGCAGACCCUCCCUGUGGCAUCUGCCCUCAGCAGUCACCGCACAGGCCCCCCGCCCAUCAGUCCCAGCAAGAGGAAGUUCAGCGUGGAGCAAGGGGACGAUGACCUGGACUGUGAAAAUGACCAUGCUUCUAAGAUGAGUCGCAUCUUCAACCCCCAUCUGAGCAAGACUGCCAACGGAGACUGCCGAAAAGACCCCCGGGAGCGGAGCCGCAGCCCCAUCGAGCGUGCCGUGGCCCCCACCGUGAGCCUGCAUGGCGGCCAGCUGUUUGCGUCCCUGCCCGGCCUCAGCCUGGAACAGCCGCUGGCACUGACCAAGAACAGCAUGGACGCCGGCAGGCCGGCGGGCAUCUCGCCCACGCUGACCCCGGCGGAGCGGCAGCAGAACCGGCCGUCGGUGAUCACGUGCGCCUCGGCCAGCACCCGCAACUGCAACCUCUCCCACUGCCCCAUUGCGCACAGCGGCUGCGCGGCGGCCGGGCCAGCCAGCUACCGGAGGGCCCCGAGCUCCACCGCCACCUGCGACCCCGUGGUGGAGGAGCACUUCCGCAGGAGCCUGGGCAAGAACUACAAGGAGCCCGAGCCGGCGCCCAACUCAGUGUCCAUCACGGGCUCCGUGGACGACCACUUUGCCAAAGCCCUGGGUGACACGUGGCUUCAGAUCAAGGCGGCCAAGGACGGCGCAUCCAGCAGCCCUGAGUCAGCCUCGCGCAGGGGCCAGCCCGCCAGCCCCUCUGCGCACAUGGUCAGCCACAGUCACUCCCCCUCCGUGGUCUCGUGAAGGGAGCGCCACCCUUGAACAAGAUGUCAAUCUGCAUGGUUUGCCUGAGCUUUGAACAGUCAGUGCUUAAAAAAUGGAAAAACAAAAAAAAAA